GGACCCGGGUUUGGUUGUUUCUCGGUGCCACGCCAAGGGGAUCAUCCUACGGCUAUAAAAAAAGGGAGAUCGCAUCGUAACGUAGCUGUAGCACCGUGAGAACCGAGACGGCUGAAAGCGAGCCAUCGGAAGAAACGACACCGCGGAACGGUCUCGGAGCUCCGGCGGCCAUGGCGUUGGCUUCUCGCUUCCUCUCUCGAUCCCGACAGUUGUAUGCUUCUCAAGUUAUUCUGCCUCAUGAACAUGCUGUCUCAGUACGCUCCUAUGCCAAAGAAGCUGCUCCAUCUAAGCUACCUCCCCUUAAGGGAGAUGAGAUGCUGAAGAACAUCUUCUAUGAGGUAAAGAACAAAUUUGAGACAGCCCUUGGGAUACUGCGAAGGGAAAAGAUCACAAUUGAUCCUGAUGAUUCUGCAGCAGUGGCUCAAUAUGCAAAGGUUAUGAAGACUGUUAGAGAAAAGGCGGAUUUGUUCUCAGAAUCUCAACGAAUUAAAUACACCAUUGAACAACAGACACAAGGCAUUCCUGAUGCUCGGACAUAUUUGUUGACGCUACAAGAGAUACGAAUCAAGAGUAGCCUUACUGAUGACCUAGGUGCUGAGGCUAUGAUGAUGGAAGCAUUAGAAAAGGUUGAGAAAGAGAUUAAGAAGCCACUUAUGAGGUCUGACAAGAAGAACAUGGGUCUUCUCUUAGCUGAGUUUGACAAGAUCAACAAAAAGCUUGGCGUUAAAAAGGAAGAUCUUCCCAAGUACGAGGAAGAGCUGGAACUGAAAAUCGCCAAAGAGCAAUUGCAGGAGCUAAAGAAGGAUGCUCAGGAGGCAAUGGAGACCCAGUUGAAGAGGGAGGAAUUCAAGGAUGAGCAGAUGGUAGAUGCAAAAUCACUGGACAUACGGAACUUCAUCUGAGAUUUUGUAUGUCUUUUAUGAUCCAAACCCUGAGGGGCUUUGUCUCUUUAUUGAAGAAAUGCUGUUAACAGGCUUUCCUUUGGUUUGUAAUAAUACAGCAGCCAAAUAUGCUGCCUGUCAUGCAUCUGGGCACCAGAGUUUUGGUUUUUCGGUUUAUUUCUUGAUCAUAUUUUGGAUUUAUCAAGUGUUGCUUGCACAUUUCAGUAUGUCUCA